AUGGGUACUAAGGGGAAUGAGAUGAAUAUAUGGAACCAAAUGGUUUGCGAGGAUAAAAAACCAAAGUCUACUGAUGCAGGGGAACCUCCUGCUUACAUAGAAUCGAUUGAUGCUGAAAAGGACACAGGGUACUGGAAGUACGAUGUAGAAAAGAAUGAGAGUGGGAACGACGGUAAGAGGAAGAAGACUAGAUUUGUCAAGUUUUUCCAUUUCUUUUUGGCUCUUUCCCUUCUUUUAUUCGGUUAUCAUAAAGGGUUAUUCUUUGGUAACUUCUCUUGUAAUCAUCACCAGCUGGACGUUCAUCCAGACGUUGAAACGUCAUUUGAAAUAACGAUUAAACAAUUACCGCUUCAUGAUCCAGUCCAUACUGAACACCUCUUAUCCUACUCGUUUGGCGAUUCUUGGGGUCAUCCAGCUCAGGCGUCGUUUAAGCCAUACACUGGUUCCCCUUAUAAUAAGAUCAUCUUGGAACUCUCGACAAAUAUUACUGGGAUACAGCACGAUCGUUUAGGUCACAUUUUUAUCAACAACGUUACUGUUUGGAGGACUUCUACCGUGGAACCUUAUGAUGAGGCUACCAUUGUCAGUGAGUCAUCGAAAGAUAUAACUCAAUAUAUCUCAUUGUUCCAAGAUAGCGAUGACCCUCUGGAACUUAUUUUCCAAUUGGACAACAUUGUCACAAACAAACAAACUGGUGUCUUCAACGUGGAAUUGAAGCUUCACUACUAUUAUGAACAUACUGCGAAGCAUGGGACAGAUGAAACCGCUACCGAUUUCUUCUAUCAUUAUGCCGCAGCUCCACCAAGCAGGGUUCUUCCUUUGGUCGGUGAUAAGAAGAGAAGAACGCCAUUGUUGUACUAUCCAAUUUCCUCUCAUUCCAAUCCACGUUGGAGACGUUCUCUUGAAGAUUUCGCGGCCCAUGAAGAUGACUUAGAGCAUGCCAUCUUGGAAGUUUUCAUCUCAGGUAACGCAGCUGAAGAGUUCUGGUACGGUAAUGUGUUGGACAAAUAUGUAUCCAAGUUCAAAAAUGGCUUGCGAGAAGUCAUGGGUCACGGUCCCCUACGUGCUUUGAAAGUCUUCUUAUAUGAUGGUGAACAUGACUAUUUAGUUUCAACGGUAAUUCCUACUCCUGUCAUUUACACCGGUGGGUUCUCGCCUGCUCUUUGGAGACCUUGUGUUGGUAUCGAUGCCUUUGACCUUGAAAGUCUAUUCGUCGAUCUUACACCUUUUAUCCCACUCUUGAAGGAUGGUAAACCUUGGGAAUUACAAAUGGAAAUUGUAUCCAGUUUGGACGAUAAAUAUAAGAGCACUAUAGGCGAGAACUGGAUCAUUUCUGGUAACAUCAAACAAUGGACUAACCCUGCUUCAAGUAUCAACCACAAGGAAUUGAAAUCCAACAUAUUUGACUCUACGUUUGAUAUUAAUGUCGUUGACAGAAAUCCAAGCCAUCUACACCAAGCCGUUAACGCUACAACCAAAAAUGAAGUGGCGAGUCUUCUUUAUUUAGAAGACAAACCUUAUGUGCUUUCACAUACCUAUCAUAAUGAAUUUGUAUCUAACCUUACAUUCUACGAUGACGGUAAUGAUGAACAUACUGUAGUUAACCUCGAGAAGUACAAUAUCAUUUCUCUUUACGAGAAUGCCUCCUAUGGUGUGGCAGAUCCUAUUAUUUCACUGGUCGACAAAGCUUCUUGGAACUUGGUUGGUAGCGUGAGAAUGUUAGAUAUUGACGUUUCCAAGUCUGAGCUUUCUUACAAGGCAACUGUUGGGAGAACUGUCGAUAGAUUAAAGUACAUCAAAGAUUAUACCAGUGGAGAAGAAUUUGUAAUUGAUAACAGUGAGGAUAUUUUCAACUAUCUCAGAAAGCAUGAUUCAACUCCGCAUAUGGUUAUCAAUGCCCUUCAGGGAUCGCAAAUUGGAUCAUCCGAAUUCACUCUCUCACCGUCCGGGAACCAUGGUAGCGGUGAUUCUGUUCAUAAUGUGAGAGUUGUCAGCGAAUUCCCAAUAAAGGAACAUUAUAAGAGAGAUGUUAUAGUUAGUGACAAUUCCGUUGUUUUCGACGUCGUUAAGAGAGAUCUAUAA